GUUUGCUUUUGUUGUUGUUUUCCAUUGUACACUUUUUUUUUCCAGCAUGUCCAAAGCAAAAGGAGCGGCCGGCGGAGCACACAUUGUCGUCGCCACGCUCAAGCUGCUCAUUCCCGCUGGCAAGGCUGCGCCUGCGCCUCCAUUGGGCCCCGCGCUGGGUCAGAAGGGUGUCGCGAUCGGCCAGUUCGUCAAGGACUUCAACGACCAGACAAAGCAGUUUGUGCCAGGGACGGAGCUGCCCGUGCGACUUGCCGUCAAGGGCGAUCGCUCUUAUUCAUACACAGUGGGCCAGCCAACCACGGCGUACUUUGUGCUGCGCGCAGCGGGCCUGGCCAAGGGCGCAAAGGCGGCCGGCAAGGAAGUCAUGGGCACCAUCUCGCUGCGGCACGUGUAUGAGAUCGCCCAGAUCAAGCUCAAGGACCCGUCCGUCAAACAUCUGAACAUGCAGACCAUGGCACAGUGCGUUAUUGGCACCGCCCGCGCGCUCGGCGUAAGGGUCAUUGACGAUCGGCCAAAGAACGUCAAGGCGGCUGCUGCGGCUGCUGCGGCUGCUGCUGCUCCUGCUACCUCCGCUCCUGCUGGCGCAGCACCCGCAGUAGCAACGGCAUAGACACGUUUCUUUCGUGUGUAUGUGAAUCUCUUGCGAGUUUACCUGUCAACCGUAUGGUUCUGGGAAAGGUUUUUUUGCUGUUUGAAUAAUUUGACGCCAUCUCUCUUUGGUUGCUGGAUUCAGCGUUCG